CUUUUCAGGUUCCCUCGACCUCAUAGCCAGAAAAAAGAAACCCCACCCCCAAAACCAGAAGAGAAGAAACCCUCUCGUCUCCCCUCUUCCUCCCUCUCGCCGGCGGCGAAUUCAAGCUCACGGCCUCUCCUCUCCGCCUGCGGGUUUGCUCGGAGCGCGCGAGCUUCCUCUAGGGUUUCGGCGGAUCAGCGCGCCCGAUGGCGGGCGCGAAGGCGGAUGCGAAGGCGGAGACCGGUGGCGGCGUGUUCAGCGAGAAGGGGCUCGCCGAGAAGCUCAGCAAACUCAACAGCUCGGCCGCCAGCAUCCAGACACUUUCGCAUUGGUGUGUUUUUCACCGGAAGAGAGCCAGAAGAGUUGUUGACACAUGGGAGAAGCAGUUUAAUAGUGCAACAAAGGAUAAGAAAGUAUCGUUCCUGUAUCUAUCAAAUGACAUCCUGCAAAAUAGCAAACGCAAGGGUGGAGAAUUUGUGAAUGAAUUCUGGAGGGUUCUUCCUGGAUCACUGAAAGAUGUCUAUGAUAAUGGGGGAGCACAUGGAAAGAAAGUGGUCACGAGAUUAAUAGGGAUUUGGGAUGAGCGGAAAGUCUUUGGAACCCGUAUUGAAGGCCUGAAAGUUGAAAUCCUUGGUGAGAACCCUCCUACAUUAGAUAACAAUGACAAUCCUAGCCCUAAUCCAUCUUCAGAUUCCAAAGCCGUUGGGAAGGAUUCCAGUACAACUGUUAAAAAACUGGCUGUUGGCGGGAUGCCUGAAAAGAUUGUAAUUGCAUAUGAAUCUGUAGUUGAUCAACAUUUUGAUGAAGACACAGCUUUAAACAAAUGUACGACUGUAGUUAGUGUUUUGGAGAAGAUGGAGAAAGAUGUAGACAGUGCUUGUACCCAUGGUAUCCCACAAGCAUCAUCAUUGAUUUCUGACCUUCAAGAACAGGAGGCAAUCCUGAAGAAGUGCAUCGACCAACUUGAAAGUGUUGACAUAGCUAGGAUAAACCUGAUCAAUCAACUAAAAAUAGCCCUCAAUGAACAGGAAACCAAAUCGGAACUUCUUCGCACCCAGUUGCAAGUUGCUCGAACAGAGGUUGAACAUGUGAUGCAACUCAGGCAACGACUUGGUGCUGCCCCUACCAUGAAUGGUGCAGGAUCUAGCUCCAGUCAACCCAUCAUUACAUUUCCGUCAGAGCAAACAACUGCCAUGAUACAGAAUUCAGCAGGAAUGCCAAUAUCUCCUCAGUUUCAGCCAGUACAUCCAGCAACCUCGCUUCCCACCAUGGCUAGUGCUACUACAGGUGAUGAGCCCAAGACAACAGCAGCAGCUAUGGCAGAUAAGCUUGCGUCCUUGUCAUCUCGCGAGCAAGUGCUCUCCUCCAUUUUCUCAUCCCUUGCCGCUGAACAAGCUGCUGCCAUAAAUAGCGGUUCGCCUUCUGGAGACCCCUCUGCAGGGCCUCCAGGCUUCGAGAGACCAAAGCGGCCUAGACUUGAGCAGCAGGCUGGUGAUAUGGGUGCUCCCGGCUUCUUUGCACCACAACCCCAGGUGCAACAACAGAUUGGAGCAGUGCCUACUUCUGUUGGAGUCACACAGAUACCGACACAGGCUAACCAAGCACCAGGUUCAUUUCCACCACCUCCACCUCCAUUGCCACCUAUGAUGCCGCCACUUAUGCAGCAAUUUGGUCAAAAUACCGGAGGUCCUGCUGGGAUGUUCGGAAUGAUACCUUUCGGGAUGAUGUCCGGUUCUAUGCCCCCUGCGCUUCCAAUGUUGCCGGCAGGUUUUGCUAUACCAAGUGGACCACCACCUCCACCUCCUCUCCCACCAGUUCAGAACCAGCAGCAGCAGCAGUCUCCACAGGCACCCCAGCAAUCUCCAACAUCAACGGGGUUCUUCCCGACGUCAAGUGCUGGGUUCUUCCCGCCAGUUCAGAUGCAACAAUCUCCAUCUGUCCAACGGCAAUGAUCUUCCAUUGCAAUUGUCGGGGUAUAAAGGUGGCACACUGUGCUAACCUUGUACAUUAAACAAUAAUCCCGGAGUAUUAUGUGGUUAGGUUACAAGUUCCUGCAGGCGAAGCAGGAUCUAUUGCCUAUGAAAAUAGGCGCUCGGUGGCUUGUGUGAUGUAUAACUGUUCCUUUUGGGUCUGUGAGGGGUUUGUUUGAUACUUCCUGGCCGUAUUAUGAAGUAGUUAGACUCUUCUGAAUUUGCAUAGCUGGUUAAUUAGUGCAGAGGCAAAGAAAUGGGAUAACACUGAUAUUGUUUCUUAAUAGCUGUUGCCCCAAUGAUACUACAUUCUUAGGGGCUCUUCAAAUGUAGAACUUACCACUAGAUGGGAUCCGAACUGUAACUAUUUUUCGUAUACUAAUAUUAUUGUUGUUGUUUAAGUUUAUUUUAUACUGAUUA